AUGCAUGGACCAUGUGGUAAAGCUAAUCCAACAUGUGCAUGCAUGAAGAAUGGGAAGUGUACUAAGUACUUCCCAAAGAAAUUCCAGAAUUCUACAACUAUUGAUGACAAUGGGUAUCCACAUUAUCGUAGAAGACAGUCUGGCAUUAAAGUUCUGAAGAAUGGAAUUGAACUUGAUAGCAGGAAUGUUGUACCUUAUAACCCAAAAUUGCUAAUGAGGUAUCAUGCGCAUAUUAAUGUCGAGUAUUGCAACAAGUCAAAUUCCAUCAAGUAUCUGUUCAAAUAUGUUAACAAAGGAUCAGACAGGGUCACUGCUGAGAUUACAACAAAAGCUGAAUCAUCUGGAAAUAAACGUGUUGUUGACGAAAUAAAGCAGUACUAUGAUUGUCGCUACCUUUCACCGUGUGAAGCAGUUUGGAGAACUUUUAAGUUUGAGAUCCAUGAAAGGUGGCCUCCGGUAAAAGGAUUAAAAUUCCACCUUGAGAAUCAACAAUCCGUUCUUUUUGGAGAUCAUGAAGACAUUACGGAUGUACUGGAUAAAAAAGGACUAUACCACAAUGUUUUUGGCGUGGAUUUGACCUACUCUGAGUUUCCAAGUAAAUUUGUGUAUAAUGAAAAGUUCAUAAUAUGGGAGUUGAGGAAACAAGGAUACUCAAUUAGAAGACUAACAUAUAUUCCACCAGGUAUCGGAGAAUUAUAUUACAUGAGGAUGUUAUUGGCUGUUCAAAGAGGAUGCACUAGCUUUGAGAGCAUAAGGACCGUAAAAGGGGAAAUUCACAGUACUUACCAAAAAGCAUGUUAUGCUCUUGGGUUGUUGUCUGACGAUAAACAGUACAUUGGUGCUAUCAGAGAGGCCAGUGAGCUUGGAUCAGGUAACCAGUUAAGAGGGUUAUUUGUUUCCUUGAUCAUAACAAAUUCUAUGAGCAGGCCAGACCAUGUAUGGGAAAGUACUUGGCAGUUAUUGGCUGAAGGCAUUGAAUACUCAUUACGCAUGUCCCUUGAUAAACCAGAUAACAUGCUAACUAUAUUAAAAAUUCUUCUAAUGCAUUUUACAUGCUUCUCAAAUUAUGACUUAUCUGGGGUGGAACACUACCAGAAUAAAUUUGGUGUAGAUGAGAUGACAUACAAUAGUGAAGAAAUGCAAGACAUGCAUGCAAACCUGGUGUCAUCCUUAACGGAUGAACAAAGAAAAGUUAGCAAGGGUAGCUUGAAGGCUAAGUUGUUGCAGCAAUCUUCUUUGAUCAUAUGGGAUGAAGCGCCUAUGUUGAACAUAUUUUGCUUUGAAGCUCUUGAUAGGACACUCAAGGAUAUAAUGUCAUCUGAGAAUCGAGCAAAUGCCAAUAAACCGUUUGGAGGUAAGGUAGUUGUAUUAGGAGGGGAUUUCAAACAAAUACUACAUGUUAUUCAAAAGGGGUCUAGACAAGAUAUAGUUACAGCAACUAUUCUUAAAUUGGGAAACGGUGAAUCAACACCCAAUGAUGACGGCAAAAUGCUUAUUGAUGUUCCUCAUGAUCUUUUUAUUACUGAUCCAUCUGAACCGUUGCUCCAACUUAUACAGGGAAGAAAAGAAUAUCUGAGUUGUGAUUCUACUUGCAGAUCUUAUGAGGACAACGAUGUUGAAGUUUCAUGGUUAACCCCGGAGUUUCUACAUGAAGUAAAAUGUUAUGGAAUUCCAAAUCACAAAUUGGUGUUAAAGAAAUGGGUGCUUGUCAUGCUUCUAAGAAACUUAGACCAAUCCUCUGGAUUAUGUAAUGGAACUAGACUUUUAAUAGAGGAUUUGUGCCCAAAUGUGAUCGGUGCGACUGUUGUAACUGGAACAAAUUCUGGCAAAAGAUUUACAUUGGUAGAAUGA